AUGGCUCGCAAUUCGCUUGUCCGCAAGCCCUCGCACGAUUCAGAUGACGUCUACACCUCAACCGUUGACGAAGAGGUUGAACGGGAUCCGCCCGCCUACUCGAGUCCCAUCCGCACUAUCAAGCACAAUCCAAAUGACAAUCCCAAGAAUAACUUGGACCGCAAUCCGACGCGAAAUGCCAGUCUUGAAUCGAGCUUGCAGGCAAUGCAAACGUACUCGACUCGCCAAGUCUCAACGACGAGAAAUGGGGCGGGUGAGAUCCAGUCCCAGCAUGAGGUCUUGAACACGGGGCAGUUCAGACAGAACAAGCAAUCCACGAGCAAUGAUGGGCUGAAGCUAAAGCUGGACUUGAACCUUGACGUGGAGGUUGAGCUCAAGGCUAGGAUCCAUGGGGAUCUGACGUUGGCGUUAUUGAAGUAA